CGUGACUCGACGUUCGGUGACCUCCGUCCCAAGCUUUCACUCGUCCAGCAUGUCCAUACCUGAGUUUCAUUAAUUGUAUAUUUUGCCGAUAGCUGAGAUACCCUGGAUAUGAAGCAAGAAAAACGCGGACAAGAGCCACCAUCGCCCAUAUACGAGUCUUUACCUCCGCCCUGGCUACCUAAAUCACACAGAACUGCUGAUGUUGGAUACCCUGGUUUUCAUCCGCCCCGCCCAGGACAGGAUGAGGAUGUCUUGUCGGACAAACAUAUAAAGGACGGUUUCUUGUUACCGCUUCCCGUGCCCGAUGAGCACCAAAGCGCUGCAGUUGUAUUUCUACAGCAGGAUGCAAAGGGUGGCCGCAUGUUUGACCAGACCGUGCUUGCAGACCUCGAGCACCUCAUGAAUGAUAUCUUUACUCGAAAGGCAGACAGUUACGGUUGCUAUACAAUUCCUUCACGAGUGACCAUGAGUGAUACCAAGCGACAGACAUGGUUCGCUGAACUCGCAAACCCCGAUGUGCCCUUAAGUAAACUUGGCAAAAGUGUGCCACAUGGUGCCAAAGGACACGAUCUACUCGACCUUCUUCAUACCAACAACGUUGCCAUACCUCGUGCGGUCUGGUUUCUUCGAGUGUUCGGCGCGAAUGAGACUGCUGGCCUGAGAAACAAACCGUCUUACAAUCCAACCCAGUACAGCGUAGAUUGGGCGAUAGUGGUGACAAGCUAUAUCAAGAAACAGCUGGCUGAUAUUGCUCUACCAAGCGCCCCUAGACCUGGAAUGAAUAUCAAACAGACAUUUAAGGGCGUCCUUUCUGACGCAGAAAGCCGGGACCGAUGGGUUUCCCGUUUCACGUACUGCCUGAAACUAUUGCGACCGUUCUAUGAUGAAGGUCUCGUAGACCAUCGCACUUUCCUUACAUGGAUCAUCCAUCAGAUGGCGGCCUGCAACCUUGCUCAAGCAGGAUUUGUAGCACAUUUGGCUGAUGAGUAUCUCGAUGGAGUUCUUGAAAAACGCCCACUCGCGAAACCCCUUUUAGACGCAUGCAUCGCGAAAUUGAAUGAAAUCAGGACGAUUUCCGCUCAGGGUCACCUGAACAAGCUUGAAGAGAUUUUGAAGUCUCUGAUUCAGCGCAUCUGUGUAACCCUUCCGGACACAUUCGUUUCUCCCAGCACAUGGCUAGCGCAUUCAUCGCUCUUGCGUUCUGCACUUGCUGGCCCUGCUGAUAGUGGUCUCAGUGACUGUCGACGACGUGACUUCCAGCAAUUUAUUUCGGAUAAUUUGAUAGAUAUUCAGCGUCGCAAUGACGCCAUGCUAUUUCGCAAUCUCCCGCCGCGAAAACUCGAGCGUCUUGGGUCCCUGGUCCUUGAUAUUCAAAUCCUAAAUUCGAUCUGCAGUAGCACGGACAUGUCCACUAUAUCGUUUUUCUCCUCUCAAAUUCCUGAUUGCACAUCAAGCUCAAGUUUUGUCGACAAACUCGACACUUUGUUGACGUGGGCUGUGACGCCACUGCAGUAUGGCUCUCAUCGUCCAUAUGCAGCUGUGACCCUUCUCCGAGCAUAUCACGAACGCAAUGCACGCCGCGAACUAUCUUCAGCCACCCUUCACGAUCACCUCUUCGAUUGGCUCGACUCGAAACCUGUUGUCCGGGAGGCUGGAAAUCUCAGGGCAGUAGCGGGUCUGUUUGGGAAAUUAAUGAAGAGUGGGCUUUUUGAUUACGCAGCUUAUGUGCAGAGGCUCGUUGCGAGAGGCGAGGAGGGACUCUCUUUGAGCGAGCCUGACGAAACGGCUUCCCUUCAUCGUAAUUUCCUUCGCUGGAUACCGUUACAGAACACGACAUCAUCUCUUUUAAACCAGCGCAAAGUUAUUUUCUACGGAGCGCGUGCACGACAGACCCCUGAAGAUGUCUGUGAACGUGAGAUGCGAAGGGAAAUUCGCGCAAUCUUGCCACUUGUGUUUGGGGGUGACACUCUUCCGCCUUCAGUUUCUAUGGCAUCUCUCCGAACCAGCUGUCCUACUGUGCUCGGCGCACCAUGUUUCGAACAAGUGCGAACGAUCAAACAGUGGUUACUUCCGAAUUUACACAAAUUUACCUCGAGAUCGCAAUCAUUAGAUGAGAUCAGUACUCUGAAGACAUACAGUACUGCGGUUGAACUCCUCAGGUACACUCAUAGCUAUGGCUCUUUACUGGAGCUGAGUCUCUCGGUCUUGUCCCAGACAUCCCACGCAGAAUUAUUGACUGCCGUCGGAGAAGUUUUCCAUCCGCUUCGCAACUAUAUGGACGGCAAUGAACGGGGGAAAGCCAGAUCUCUCCUGACCUUGAUUAUUGAGAUGGACGAUGGACGACAGCUCGAUGCGACGGCCAAAACUCAGGUGGAGAACGAUAACUCGGCGUUCACGAACGCGCUGGCUCCUAAGACUGACCAUCCAGAAGCCGUUCCGUCAGUCUUGCCCGAAAUUUUACUUCUAGCUGAAGAUUCCAAGCCGGACGCUCCAACAAUUCUCGCAAACAGUCUCUGGUACAGAUAUCGCACGUCCGGAGACUGGGCAUGGAAAGUCUGGGACAAUAUCGUCGCUUCGUUACGCCAAGUUCCCGUCAUGAGCGAUGAUCAUGAGCGUCGUCAUAAAUACGCCCUUCGCUAUGGUCAGUUUCUACUCAAUGUUGACCACCACCUUCCUGGCGGCAUCGAUAAUGACGUGCUCCAAUGGUUUCUCGGUACUGGAAAAAGUGAAGUGCUAGGAUUGACGCUUGAAACCUGGGAUGUGCUUAGAGUCGUCCUUCUCUUCCUAUGCGUCCGCGGAGCGCUAUCGACAACCACGCUGCUUCAAGGAUUAGUUUACCCUGCUUGGCAACUGGGAGCCGAUGCAGGCCCUCUCUACCAGCCUCACAAUAUGGAAACGUUUAUACAGGCAGCCAGUAAGCUUUUUGACGCGCUCGUGCUCCAGGAGGAGUGUUUCAUCAGCCCGAUUGUCCCACAAGAGCUCCUUGACGCACAACGGAUCCACACUUGGAGACAGGAUGCCUUCCGGGAACCUCAUUUCACCCUUCUCGCCAGUAAUAUACCGAAUUUAGUGCUCCUGGAGCACAAUAACGUCGUUUCAGAUGAACUUCGCGGAAUUGCGCGAGACCUUCGCCUGCGGACAGUGCGAGAGGGCUUCGAGCACCCUAUUCAGUCGGGAAUGGUCGCAGAAACGCUUUGCGAACCGCUCGUUAACGCAUUGAAAAUGAUUUUGAGUGAAUCAAACGAAGAUACAGAUGUUAACUCGUUUUUAAGCACUGGGAUAUCAUCCGUUCUGAGCCCGUGCACACUGGCGGCGACUGCAGUUCAGCUACAGUUUGGGCUGAGGCAACUCGGAAGGGCGCUUGCUUGUGAAUCGACGAAACAGGGUGCAAGUGCAUCGCUCGAUAAGAUGACGUCCUUGAUAUUCCACCACUCGAUGGCCUCGGAAGAAGCAUACUUCAUCGCAGAGAUGGCGAGGGGCGUCGAUGGACCAGUGGCCAUUAAGUUCAUAAAUAACGGCUUCAAGAGUAUCGUUGAUAUUCUUAAUCGAGCCCCUGCUCCUUCGACUCCCGAAUCACUACUGGCACGGGUUGGCCGUGCUGGCGAGGUGCUUCGCGUACUAUCACAUGUCUCAGAGCCACUGCGAGAGGAAGGAACCGAACUAGAUCUUGAUGUCUCAACGCAAGAGCGGCUUGCGAAAAUCGUUCUGGAGUCAUUUCAAUUCGCAAAUACGACGUUUUCCAAAACGACUGAUCACUCUCUGCGCGUUAUCACUGAAGCUGUCAUAUUUUUGGCUCGACUCCUUCAAUUCGACCUUGGUUUCUUUGGGAUACGAACGACGCACUUUCGGGAAACAUGUGAGAGGAUGAUGCCAGUUCUCUUUGACCUUGUCGUGAUUCAUGCAUGCGGCCCUGCACAAGACGCUGUUGCAUUCGCGCUCCUUCUUGAUACCUUGUACUUCCUUAUAGACGAUCUUUUCCUGCACUCCAAAACUUCGUCGCCAGACCCGUUCAAGUAUUACCCCACGAAACUUCAGUCACCCCAUCUACAUUCCCUCCCUGGCUCACAUCGUGUACGACUCAUGACACUCUUCCCACAUCUCCGGCCAAAUGCAAUUGUUCAAGACCUCGUCCAUGCUCAUCGAGACAGCACAGGUCUCCUCGUCUAUGGCGCACCCGUUCAGAACCGCCCAUGGGAAUGGAUUGAGAACCUCGACAAAGAUGAUGGCAUGAUCCGAAAUAAUGCCUCUCUGUCUCUCGAACUGUUCGGGGCGAAGGCCACAGGCGACCAUUUGAUCGGCUAUGUGCAGGAUGACGAACGUUGCAUACCAACGAGACUUGAAAGUGUCUUCGAAGAUAAAUUAACGGCCGAAAGCGUCUUCCGUCGAGACUGGCGUGAAACACGACUUCCAGCCCACUCAGACGUCCGUGCUGGGGAGCGCGGGGAUCGAGAAGGGUGUCGCCUUCCUCGUCGGUGCGUUCUCGGGGAUCGGUCAGCUCGGUCCGUCGUAGUCCGGCAUCGCUCUCGGGCAAUCGGUCCGCCGUUUUCUACGAGGGAAGGUACCGGAGAGAGUGGUAUCGGUUCUGGUCCAGCGGCAGAGCGCAAACGAAAGGCUUCGGGUUCUGUGGAUGAUGAUGACGAGGUCGAAAUAAUUGAGGGGCCUAUAGCGAAGAAACUCAAAGUGAAGCCAAAACCAAAGAAAAAGUAG